GUCGUGAGAUGUUAUAUAAAUCUUGUAUCUUCUCCGCGUCUAUCACUGGUGUUACUCCUUCCCUAUCAUCACCACUUUCUUUCCUUAAGGGUAGACAUCACUGUCGCUUCUUUCUCUUUCUUGGAAGUCAAGGUCAUUCGUUUGCUUGCUUCCAUCUAUAAUUUCAUUUUCCUGUAAUACAGUCGUUAUCAAAAUAACCACAUUCACUCAUAACAGGAUUUUCACCCACGCCGUCUACCAAGGACUGAAUUAUUCAAAAUGAAGAACUCCCUAUCGCUCGUCGCCUUGGCUGCUGGCCUCAGCCAGGUCUCGGCCACAGGCUUCGGAUUUUCCAACGCCCCUAAAUUCACCUGCCCGGAUAACACCGACAACACCUGUAUCCCCGAGAUCAUCCCCGGUAUCAACUGGUCCGAUCUACCCCUCGGUGGAUUUGAUUCCUACAAGGGAUUCAAGUGGAGCGGUUUCACUUGCGCCGACAAGUUCAGCAAGCGUGAUGAACUCGCUGCCCGAACUUCCUCCUUCCAGAGCAAAUGCAUCACCGGUACCGCUUCUUCAGAUAAGGGCAAGAGCCCCAAGAUCAGCUGCGACAAGUCGAAGGGCGUCGAUAAGACAUCCAUCUCCAAGUUCCAAGUUACUCCAGCUUUCGACUGUGAUCUCGAAUUCCACUAUACCAUGCCCACUGGUGAGACAUGCAAGCACCGAUCUCCUUGCAAGGCUUCCGGUACCGUUGUAGAGAACACACAGUGUGGUGGCGCCACGGAUGUUACUGUCGUCUACCCCAAGCAGCCCAACAAGCCCAAGGACACCUGCGACUUCGGCAUUCACCACAUUGAGUUCGACUGCUCAGGCCCCAAGCCCAGCAAGCCUGCCGUUUCCAGCAGCUACGUCGUUAGCACCCCGUCUGCUUCUCCCUCGUCGUCCGUCGUCACCUUCAGCUACUCUGCCAGCAUUCCCACCAUCAGCGUCAGCAGCAGCAGCCCUGUUUCGCAAUCCAGCUACUCUGCCAGCGUCCCUACCCUGUCAUUGUCUUACUCCGCCAGCGUUCCCACUCUAUCUUCCUACUCCGCUAGCUCUCCCAGCCAGAGCGCCAGCUCCACCGCUAGCACCUCUGCUACCGAGUCUAGCUCCUACGUCGUUUCCUCCAGCAGCGCCACCAGCUCUGCUACCCAGGCUACUAGCUCUUCUUACGCCACUGUCGGUACUUCCAGCAGCGAGUCCGUCUCUUCGUACUCUGUCACCAGCUACUUGAGCACCUCCACUGUCUUCACCACCUCGGUCCAGACUAUCACCAGCUGCGGUUCCACCGUCUCUAACUGCCCUGCUGGCUCUACUGCACUUACCACCGUCACUGUCCCCGUCUCGACCACCAUCUGCCCUGUCACCGAGACUGUCAGCGUAUCGCAGCCCACCAGCUACCCCUCUUCUAAGCCUGUCGAUUCUACCUCCGCUCCUAUUGGUUCUUCCACCACAGCUCCCGUCUCUUCCAGCAGCACCAGCCCCGCCGGCCCUGUUGAGACUCUUCCCUGCCCCGGUGUCGUUCCCUCUUGCUUGAACACCUGGAUGUUCAGCGUUGGCUGCAAGGAUAAUACCGACUCUGCUUGCUACUGCCCUGACGCCAGCUUCACCAAGAACAUCUUCACCUGCCUGUACGCUUACGGUGAGUCCGACGAGGUCAUCUCCGAGGCCAUCAGCUACUUCCAGGGUAUCUGCGCUCCUUUCGUCGGCAGUAACCCCGGCAUUGCCACCGGUGCUGAGACCAUCACCACCGUCCUCACUGCCACUCCCACCACUGUCCCUGCUGCUGUUACCACCAUCGAGGUUGCUACCACUGUUGUUGUUCCUUGCACCAACGAGGCUGGUGAGACCAUCCCCAGCUCUUCCAGCACUGUAACCAUCAACACUAGCAUCACCGUCCCUGGUGUCAUUUUCAGCACUGUCACCUCUGGCCCUAGCUCCACUGGUGUCGCCGUUGUCCCCGGCACCUACUCUGCCUCUGUCCCUGUCGCCGUCCCUACUAUUGCGCCUGCGACCUCUGCCCCUGCUGGUGGUGCUCCUUACCCCACCGUCGGUGUCUCCACGACUUUCAGCUCUGCCCCCGUCGGCAGCGGCACCGGUGUCUCAUACCCGACCUCCACCCCCAACUCGUCGCCGAUCGCCACUGCUGGCGCCGCUCACAUUGGCGCUGGCUUUGGUAUUCUCGGCUUCGCCGGUAUGAUCGUCGCCGCUGCCCUAUAAACCGCUCCCAUCUGAGCCAAACCAAAUACCAAUUAAAACCGAAAACUAGCCUCACAGGCAACCAAUAUUUUUUUCCUUUUCCGUUUCUCUGUACAACAAUGACCGUCGCCGUCGCACAACAAACAUAAGAUUCUUACGAUCCUUACGAAAUGAUACUUGCAUAUUUGGGCAUUUGGAAAAAGAUGGGAGGGGGUUUUUAAUAUACCAAUUCGGCAGACACCAAUACAAAGGUCAUCCUUUAUCGUGGAAAGCUCAGUAGAGGGAACAUUCGGCUCCUUCGUCUUCACCUCUCGACGGCAGCGUGAGGGGAAGAUGGGAAGUUAGAGUGAUUUGAGAAGGAGGGUACUCAUACGUAUAAACAUAUGAGCCUCCUGGGGGACGAGGGGAGUGUACAAAACGCGGAUGGACCUGUAGUAAUAGUAAUACCCCAAAAUAAUAAACUCGCUGAGCUUGAGCAAAUCAUUUGCCUUCUGUCUACUUCUGUGUGUUUGUCGCAAGGAUAAUCUGCACUCCUGCUCUGAUCCCUUAGAGUACCGGUACCAGGUCCUGAUUUAUUUUUACAUAAUAUAGAGGUG